AUGUGGCUUGAUCGCCUCUCCGGCCAUUCUACGCCGUCAGGGACACCUCCGCCGUUCCCCAACCGACACCCUUCACCAGGUCACAGACCAUCACGGACUUCAUCUCAGAGCUAUCGACCGAGUCUACACCCGCGCUCUUCGUCGACAUCCUUACUACUAACGCCUAAUGACUCUACCGUCUCGUUACCAACCACUACUCGACAUGUCUCGAAUGGAGCGCCACAAAGAUCGGUGUUCGUGCGCACACCCUCGGGCGAGGUUACAAAUCCAUUGGAAGUCCUCAACAGUAUACUUGGAAAGAAGACGACAGACAAGCUAACUGAAGCUGUUGCUGAAAAGCCAGCUGAGUUGGUCGAAACUAUCGACUUUGGAGAUUUAAGUCUAGAGGAGUUCGUGACUCGCGGACAGGAAUCCGGUAGUCUUUUGAGCAGCGAGGCCGGGGUUGGGACAAUUGAACAAUUCGCAGGAGAUCGAGACAAGUUUCAGGAGCUUCACAACGCUAUUGCGGACUGCGAUGAUGUACUCAAAUCGGUGGAAUCCUAUCUCUCCGACUUUCAGUCCGAGCUCGGUAUCGUUUCUGCCGAAAUCGAAACCCUUCAAACCAGAUCUGUCCAACUAAACGCCAAACUCGAAAACCGAAGAAACGUCGAACGCUUGCUUGGCCCAGCAGUCGAGGAUAUCAGCAUCUCUCCAAACGCGAUCCGCACGAUCACCGAUGGUCUAAUUGAUGAAAAGUGGGUCAAAGCCAUUAAUGAGAUUGAGACUCGCAGUAUAAGCAUUGAGAAAUCAACUGGAUCGCCACUGAAAGCCGUGGAUGAUGUCAAGCCACUUUUGAUUGACUUGAAGAACAAGGCUACAGUUCGUAUUCGUGAUUAUUUAGUCUCUCAGAUCAAGGCUAUGCGUUCGCCAAAUAUGAACGCUCAGUACAUACAGCAACAUCACUUGGUGAAAUAUAAAGAUCUGUACUCUUUUCUGACCAGGGCGCACCCGACUCUGUCGGAAGAAAUCACUCAAGCAUAUGUCAAUACAAUGAGAUGGUACUAUCUAUCUAACUUCACACGAUAUAGUCAGGCUUUGGAGAAGCUGAAGCUCCAUGCAUACGAUACAAAUAAUGUCCUAGGUGGAGACCCAUCGACGCAACGAGGAGGGACGGGUCCGGGCGGUAGAGGCUUUUCGCAUGAUCCUUUCACUAUUGGCAGACGUAUUGAUGUCUUGAAAACCGGCAAUCCUAUAGCUAUCAGCUCAUAUAUUGCCGAAGAGGAUAAAUCAGUGCAUGGAUUUGAGGUCCCAUUCCGACAUUUCAAUCUUGCUCUAGUUGACAAUGUAUCAGCUGAAUACUCAUUCUUGACGGAGAUGUUUUCAGUCAGAUCAUAUCAACAAAUAUCACGAAAAGCAUUCGAAAUCUUUGAGCCUGUCUUCGCACUCGGACAGACAGUGACCAAACAGCUCAUUGAGAAUAGUACGGAUUGUCUAGGCGUACUUCUCUGCGUCCGACUCAAUCAGCGCGCGGCAUUUGAGCUUCAACGACGAAAAGUGCCAGUUGCAGAGUCUUAUAUCAAUGGAAUCAAUAUGCAACUUUGGCCAAGGUUCCAAAAAAUCAUGGACUUACACUGCGAAUCUUUGAAACGACUUGCCUCAGGCGCCGCCCGAAGCUCCGUGUCAGCACUAUCCUUAACAGACGAUUCGAAGCAAUCGUCUGCUCCGCAUUUCCUUACUCAACGCUUUGGUCAACUUUUACAUGGCAUCUUGUCCCUGAGCAGUGAGGGAGGUGACGAUGAGCCGGUCUCGAUCAGUCUCGGCCGGUUACGAGGAGAAUUCGACGCGUUGUUGACCAAGCUCAGUCGCGGAUCCGGUUGUGUACCUCAUUUUGACAGACAUUUGCUGACCACCCUUGACCUGCAGGAUACGGAUGGCAAGCUAGCGGUAGAGCAGAAAGAGCACUUUACGAAACAACUCAAGAAUGCGUCGAAACGUUGA